AUGGCGGCUCCCAGUGACGAAGUCGGCGAGCCACUGUGUUGUUGUGAAUAUCGAAACGUUAAUGGAGAAAAAAGUCACGUAUUGGCUUUUUUGUGUGACUGUCAAGUUGUUGAUGAGACAUGUGACCGAUUUUUGAAAUGUCAACCAAUUCCUGAAAAAAACUACAAGCUCAUACAAGCUGUUGUGUGUGAUAGAUUACGAAUCCCAUCAUGCCUCGGUGGCGGAGCCAAACGAAUUGAUGAACUUGUAGACACGUCGGCCAUCUUGCCAGUCAUCGUUGUGCCUGUGGCGUUAUUCUGCGCAUCAUGGAAUCUCUAUACAACCCUGGUAAUUCUGUUUCUUCUGCCCCUUGGUGCCCUUCUCCACUAUCGCCUUGUUUCGAGACUCAAACGCCGGACUAUGUUCUUCUACAGCUUUGGACUUGUGUCAGUUUUCUUUAUGGGUGGCGUUUUUUAUUUAUGUUUAGUUCCCAUGGGAACCCUUGAUGACUCAGAAAUAGUACUAGCAACUGUUCUCGCCACCUUGAUGUUUAUGUCAUUUAUUGUUUCAAAACGCACCCCUGGGAAGCUACAGCGGCAAAACCAUGGUAACAACAGGCAACCAACUUCCCCAUCAAGCAAUCAGGUUCAAUGUAAAGGUUCGGGAAACGAGCAGAUGUACACUAAUGAUGACUGCCGUGGUCAUCAGCUUUGGUGUGAGUUUUGCCAGUUAUGGCGCCCUCCUAGGGCAGGACAUUGUAAAGUCUGUCAGCAUUGCGUGCACCGACUGGACCACCAUUGUGUAUGGAUUGACAGUUGUAUUGGAGCACACAAUCACAGGUCAUUCAUCUUGUCAUUGGUGUUUAUAAUCAUCACAGGAUGUUACGGGAUCUACCUUGGUGUACGCAGUCUGUGUACUUACCCUCUGUACAUCUUUACUGUAGAAUGUGAUAAUACCGCAUAUCGUACCAGAAGAACUGGUCUGAUCUAUGCAUCAUGUCUGUACACAUCACUAACACUGCUGGGAUUUAUGAUGCUAUUAAUACAACAAUUGUAUCUAAUAUCACACGGCAUUACAUACAGGGAAUACAGGUUUCAGGACCAUACACAUUACAGCAAAAACUACCUCAGGAAUUGGAUCAACUUUAUAUUCAACCGAGAAAAAAGACAUUUAGAAAUUGUCUAA